CUGUUCAUCCCUCUCCCGCCAGAAAUCGGUCCCUGUCGCCCUUCAAUUCCAGUCCCACGUUGGUCCCAGAAUACUAUCCAUGUGGCGUCCCAAUCCCUAUCUCCUGUUGGCCAUCUGACCUCAGGCUUCCCGUUGGCCUUCUCCAUCGAUCUGCCUCUGCACCUUGACCCCUGAGUGUGUCGAAAUAAUGUCAUACAUCAAGAAGCCCAAAAUGACGACGGCCACUCUACGACAGAAAGGCAUUCAGGGCCUGUUCGCGAUCUCCCCACGACGGAUGAUGAGUCAGAUGGUGAGAGUACUGGCAUACGAUCAUCUAACCAGGUAGUUCUGCAAGCACCAAUGGUUGAAGUUGCAGAUCCAGAAGGGCACUCAAUGCUGGUCCACCAACCAUGGACCAUGAAGGAUUUGGAAAUAGCCUAUGGGCAGUUGCCUGACCAACGCGAGGUUGGAGGCAAUAAGUUCACUGAUGAGGUGACAAAGUUCUGUACCGAGUUCCAUCCUACGUCACAUGAGAUGAGACGUCUCUUGGGACGAAACUGGGUGCCGAUGAUCGCCAAAAUCAAGUAUAACUGGCCAGCUGUAAACAUCCAUGCCAGAUCAACCGACCUGCAAGCAGAAGAGAACGGAGACUUAAAUGCUUUUGCUGCAACGAUGGCAACCGCCUGUAGGCAGGCAUUCCCAGUGCGAAUGGACAUGACCAAAAUAGCAAUGUGUAAACAACGAGAAGGUGAGACAGUGUCCCAGUAUCUUACGAGCCUCACUGAAGUCCAUAACGUCCAUAGUGGACUGAGACCACCUGAUGACAAAACGACGGCAGAAAUCACUGUGUACGAAGCACACCUGAGGACUAGCUUCAUCAAUGGAAUGAAGGAUGAAAUAGCGAAAAAGGUAAAAGGCACAUGUUUUACCUGGGAUACAGGAAAGCUGAAUUUGAUAGAACCACAUGCAAUACAUGCUGAAAAAUUGCUUACCCAAGAGAAGGAUAAGCAGAAAUUAAAGAUUGAACAGCAAGCACAUAAAGCUCAGCUUACUAUGAUGUAAUUGGUCAUCCAGCCAUUGGAAGGAGGUGCUGCGGGAGGA